AUGCAAGACUAUUUCAGUUUACCCAUCGAGCCCGAAAACCCCGAGACAGAAAAAACUUUAUUGGACGCUAUCAUGACCAAGCUCGACUUCCCUGCUGAGGAAAAACAAGAAGAAUCAGUUCAAUGGGGAAGUCGUUGGGAGAGUGCAGCUACAGCGUUUUUGGAAACCAUGAGAACGCAAUCGAUGAUCACUUCUUCCCAGGUGCUCACCCAGGUGAACAAAAUCUAUGAACAGGCCAUACAGGGCUCCAACAGCAACGUUUCAGACCAUGACACUAUUAGUGAAAACUAUCUGCAAGAGGUGGAGGAUGCACGUAGAAUGGCAGAAGAGUUCGGAUCAUUGAUACAAGCUUCUGUAUAUCAAGCUUCGGAGGAUAGUCCUCUGGGCAAAGCCUUCCAAUCCUAUAGUAAACUGAAACCCCAAGUCGAUGAGCUGACAUCGCAACCUGGGUCGAACAUCGAAGCAGAGGUAGCUGGAUCAUCAAACGAUGUAGAGAUGGAUGAUUUGGCUGAAAUACUUGCCAUCAAAUUCAGAGCGGCCUAG